GUUUAACGACUGUUAUUUAUUUUCAAUUCAAGCAAUUCUUCAGUUUGAUUAGUGUGUAGCCGUUUUUAUUAUAUUUAUAUAUAAUUGUGGCAAAUCUGGAUGAAAAAGAAGAAAUAAUGAUUGCUGCCUCAGAUCCACAGGAAUUUGUUCCCAGUGGCCGGCAGCAAGCAUUACGCCACCCGGGACCUCUUGAAACUCCAGUGAAAAAGAAUCCAUUAGAAUUAGAUGAUCUGAUUUUGAGUAAACUCCAGAAAGUGUCGUUGAUUGAUAAAUGUAAUAAUGAAUGGUGGAUUUUACGCAAAGCCACACUGAAUACCCAUUUCAAAAGUGAAACAUGCAAUAUAGACAAAAUUGAGACAAACAAGAGUUAUAGUCAUCAGAGCAGUUAUAAAUCGCGUUAUAGUGAUUUCAUCAAUGAAACUUCAAGUUUGCAUAGUAACUGGGAGCAAAGCUUUGAUAGGUUUGGAAAGAGAUUGUCUGAGGCCAGUACUUCUAAAUUCAUCAACAGAAGAUUAUCAGUUGACAGUGAUUCUAAAAGUGACUCUAAAACAAGUGAUACCAAUAAAUUUCAAUACAACAAAGCACCCAUUGCUGAGAACACUGUUUUUCAUGGAAAACCUAAUCCAACACACUUAGAAGACGAACUUUAUGUCCAGGGUAACACUGUGAUAUGGUCUAGAGGCGUUGUCAAUAAUUCAGAUGACCUUGACAAUGGUAGAAAAACUGUAUGUUGCUACACAUCCUCUUCGCCCAUAAAGCAAGCUCUUUGGUGUACUUUUUACUGUGAACGACCAGUAUUUGAAGAAAAUCUUCUCGAUCAGGUGAAAACUGACGAACCAUGUGGCAUUCCUGUAGAAGCAGUUUGUGUUGCAGAUUCUUAUGGUAUUAGAGUUUACACACCAAAGGGCGAAAAUUAUAGUGUAGCUGUGCCAUUUGGUAUUAGUAAAUUGUGGAAUAUCAAAUUUGGUAUGCUUAUCGAAAAAGAAAAUGGAGGUUUUCCAAAGGAAAGUUUAUAUGAAACCAGGGGGACAUUAUUUUCCCUGUCCUAUCCUUUGGACGAUGUUUGUCCAGUAGUUAUAAACCAAUCUGGAAGUCUAACAAUAGUUAACAAUACCAACCUGAAGGUGGUUUUUACAAAUGAGAAUCCUAGUAUAUGCAUGAUUUACGAUACAAACUCUAAACAACAUAGUGUUUAUCGAAUAAGAAAAGUUAAACCAGAUGAAAAGGAUUGUGGAGACAAGAUUUCUACUGGAUUCUUUUCCAACAGCCAGUCAAAUAAGUUGAAAUCUCGUCUAUCUAUGUGGGAAAAUGUAGUGAAUACUAGGAAUCAACCUACUCCAAGUCCAGUAAGUAAAGGGUCUAAUUUAGGACCGGCAUAUGCGAGAUCCCAGAGUUCUAUGGCGGUGGUGAG